ACGCAGACGUCCAAUCGUACAAAUGGUGAGAGCCAAGUACGACCGAGUGUAUGCUAUCAAUGGAAAGGGCAGACCCGGUUCGCCACGACGCUGUCCGUGAUGGCAGGAACGGCUAUGAGUGUACAACGUAGGACGGCGCUGAUCGUGUAUGGAUCGGAGACCGGCAACGCCCAGGAUGUCGCCGAGGAGGUCGGUCGUAUGGCGGAACGACUUCGCUUUGAAACGAUCGUGCUCGACAUGGACUCAGUGCAGCUCAAAGACCUGUUGAAAUACACGGUCGUCAUCUUUGCCCUUUCUACCACCGGCCAGGGAGAAAUGCCACAGAAUGCCAGGAUCUUCUGGAAGACACUGCUCAGUGGCGCCUUGAAAGUGGGAAUUCUGCGCAAGCUGAAGUUUUGCUCCUUUGGAUUGGGGGAUAGCUCGUACGCGCGGUUCAACGUUGCCCAUCGUAUGCUGUGCAACAGACUUCAACAACUUGGCGCACGUUUAUUCUGUGAGCGCGGCGAAGGCAACGAGCAACAUCCUGAGGGUCACAGUGCUGGGUUUCGCGAGUGGAUUGUGCAAUUGAGACAGAAGCUAUUGGACGCUUUUCCGCUGGACGCUGACCUGCAGCCGCUUGCGGACGAUGUGUUCAUUGAGCCGAAGUGGAAGCUGGCCAUCUCCGAUGCUGUCACUGCUUCCAUCGGACAGACUAGCAAUGGCCCCCGGACCGAACCCGCUCGUAACGAAGGAGUAGCCGAGAGUGAGGACGAAGAAGCGACGCCAUCGGGUGCUUUGAUACCAAUGAAUGGCAUCCACACCGCGCACAUUGUCGCGAACGAUCGCGUGACUCAUCCUCGUCACUUCCAGGAUGUCCGUUUGCUGGACCUAGUGCUGGACGAAGCUUACACCUACGGGCCUGGUGCGGUUGCAGUGGUCUAUCCCAAGAACUUUCCGAAAGACGUGGACGACUUCAUUCAGCUCAUGGGCUGGCAAGAUGCAGCAGAUCAACCAUUGCAACUAAUCUCCAAUAACGAUCCAUCAUCCGUCGCUGUUUCCGCGCCCUCGCCGCUGCGCCAUCUCGACUUGGCCCAAAUCGACUUAUCGCUGAGGUGGCUUCUGGAGAAUGUGCUAGACAUCAUGUCCAUUCCCCGCCGAUCCUUCUUUGCAUCCCUUGCCCACUUUGCUGGCGAAAGCACGGAAGACGAGGCCUAUCAGAAGGAGCGCUUGUUGGAGCUGGCAAAUCCGGAUUUGAUUGAUGAACUGUGGGAUUACACAACCCGGCCCAAACGCACCAUCUUGGAAGUCAUGAUGGACUUUACGACAAUCAAAGUCCCUUGGCAAUAUGCUCUGUCGGCAUUCCCCGCCAUGAAGGGGCGACAAUUCAGUAUCACAAGUGGCGGCCGUCUUCGUUGUGCGGAGGAUGGCAGAACCAAGGUGGAAUUAUUAGUAGCCAUCGCAGAUCCGCCAAGCCCAAUCAUCAAAUGGAGGCGGCGAUAUGGCGUGUGCACACGGUAUAUUGCGUCUUUGCGAGCCGGACAGAGCAUCAAUGUUGGGCUGCAGCAGGGCUAUCUCGACGUGCAACCCAGCGAGCUCGAAGUGCCUGCAAUCAUGAUUGGGCCGGGAACUGGGCUGGCGCCGAUGCGGUCGAUGGUGUGGCAACGACUCCUCUGGGCUCAAGAGUCGAAUGCAAAGGAAGCUGGCAGACCACUGGCUGGCGACAUACUCAUUUUCGGCUGCCGGGCGGCGAGCGCGGAUUAUUUUUUCCGAGAUGAGUGGAAUCACAUGCAGGCCGCAGAAGGUCUCCAUGUUUUGGCUGCUUUUUCCCGCGAUCCAGAGGAGCCAAAGCGCUACGUUCAAGAUCGGAUGCGGGAGGAAAGUCGGCUACUGCAAGACGCCAUUUUGGAACGGCAGGGGAAGAUUUACAUCAGUGGGUCGUCGGGAAAUAUGCCCAAGGGCGUGCGGGAGGCUCUGCUGGACGUCUUGUCCGCACCAGAGGCGCUGAAAACGAAGGAGGGUGCUGAGCAGUAUCUCGAUGCGAUGGAGAGAGCUGGGCGGUAUAAGCAGGAGACUUGGUAAUGCCGAUGUGCUGCUGGUGCGAGAGUUAGAGGGGCGAUGCCCACGUGAGACAGCCAUGUGGCAGGUUGAGCCGUCUCGCGCGGUCCAAGCGCGAAAGAAGGGUCUGGUGGGUGGCGAAUUCAGGGCGGCAAGACGGUGGUCCCGGGGUCCAAACGGCCUAGAACGUCGACGAAUCUGGCCGCUGCCGGGCCCUGGCACAAGUGCAGGCCCGUUCAUUAUUCUACAGGCCGCGUGAAUCCAAGACCUCGACCGUGUGAGUGGC